GCGCGGAGCUAUUCGAAUCGACUUGCCGCCACGGCGCCCGUCCAGCAGUUGAAUCCGCGAGUCGUGACAUGGACAAGACUUCCAUCCCGAUGGAUGCUGAGUUGGUGGCGUUCCGGGCAGAGUGUCAUGUCAAAGAGCAUAAGACGACGAACCUGUAUCAACCACUCCUGCACAGCGGCCCACAGCAUCAAAAGCCACAUGUCGUCCAAGUCCCCAAGAACGCGUUCGUGUGGGACUGGCGCAAUGGCAUCAUGGGGUUUCGGGACCUGGACGAUCCGCAAUGCCGGAUCAGUCGCUGUCGAUGUGGCUAUGUGUUCAACUGCGUAUACUUUCACAAAGGCAGCGAAGUUGGCGAAAUGAGCGCCGUCGCGCUGAAGCUCAUGGACAAACAAUUGAUCUUGCUUGAAAACGACGACUUGGAAGCCGAAGUUCGCGCGAUGCGCAUCCUGCAGCACGUGGGGAUGGAUUCGGCGCUGCGGAGUCCUCACAUGAUUCGAUGGGAGACUGCCGAUUGUGCGUUCAACUACUACAUCGCGACAGAAUACAUUUCGAACGGGUCGCUUAUCUCGUACAUGCACAAGCGAUUUGGCGAAAUCCGGUCGGAAGCCCAUCGGUACUUUGGCGCGCGAGCGAGUCUCGUCGACGUCGGCAAGAACGUUGGCAAGUGGUUCCUCAAGGACGUCGUGCUGCCCAUGUUCCAUCAAAUUCUGUGUGCUUUGGCGUAUAUUCACACCCAAAACGUUUGUCAUUUGGACUUUGACCCGUACAAUAUUGCCGUCGACAAGCACCACAUCAUUCGCCUCCUCGACUUUGGCAGCAGUCAGCUCAUGGACGGCCGAAAUUCCGUCGGCGGUGGCCGCGACUACCCUCAGAUCAAGUCCAAGCCCAUUUACCGAUCGCCUGAAUUACGCAAGAACAACCGCGACCGAGCCAUGUACCAACGUUUCCUGCGGAAUCGACCACCCCAUGCGACGUUCCGGGACGAGCAGAAGGCCAUCCCACCGGGAUUUCACGGCGCCAAAUCGGAUCUGUUUUCCGCGGGGGUCGUGUGCCUCGAGAUGACCCUGUUUGGUUUCAACUUUGUCGGGUGCCCCGGCCCUGCAUUCGUGAGCACACAAAACCCCCAGUACCGCGACCAAUUUUACGCGCAUUACGCGAAAAGAUGCACAGUCCAAACGUGUAUAUUCUGCGCGCACAAUCUCCCGAUCCCGCCGUUUAUCCUCACAACGAUUGCGUGCAUGAUGGAGCCGAAUCCUGCCAACCGCGUGCACGAUGCCGUUGCCCUCGCUCAAAUGUGGAAGAAGAACUGGGACGACUUGCUCAAGAAGGAAGCCGAAGUCACACCCCCGCGGCACUUUACGUCUCCCGUACAAGAGCGCAACCCACCGGCCACCGCGACGUUUGCCACCGCGUGUUAAUAUACCAUCGUCAUUUCUUGACAUGAGUGCCGCCGGGAAGGCCGCCGCACGGACUGCAGCACGAGCUGUGAUACAUCGGGGUAGAAUGGGACGAGUAUUACCUUGGGUACGGGCGGGGGUGUCUUGUGCUGUGGAAGGCGAUGUUGUGGACUCGUUAAAGUAGGCGCCAUCGAAGUAGUAACGAUGGUCACUUGAAUUCGUCGGCCACGCUGUGUGGACGAGGCGGAUGUUAUCGACAGUGGCUUGGCUCGUGGAGGAGGGGGUGGUUUGGUCGUUGGGAUGGAUCGAGAUGGAGUAGUCUUGGGAAAGUUCAUAGUGGAAGGUGAUGAACGGACGGAGGUGGUAGAGUUCCAUGGAAGGGAGGUUAUUGGAGGUGGCAGCGCCUGACGCUCGCGAGCAUGUGAUGAUGUCAGGGUACGAAGCACGUUGCGUGGUGUUACGCACGCGGCCGACGGGGGGAUGUGCUGUGAGGAGCAUGUCUGGGUGCUCUGGUGAACGGUUGUGAUGGACGUCUUUGGCUGGGAAGUGCCUGAAUUCCGUGCAAGAUCGAGAGGACCCAGGGCAGGAAUGACUUGAGCUGAUGUGACUGAGGGACGUAGUGGGUGCGCAUCACCUGCAACAACCUUGUUGAAGUUCUCGUGUGGAGGGCAUGUAGCAUGAAGUUGAGGACGUGUCGCUGCGCGCUCCUUCCACCGCAUAAACGCUUUGCAUGAUUGCAGCAAGUGACGAUACUUUAUAUGCUGUACGAGCGCGCGUAAUUUGUGCCGCUUGACGUCUUCCCGUUGGACUUGUUUGAUGUUGGUCGCCGCGUCCUUGUCAUUGUGACUAGGUUGUGACUCAACGUCGAGUUGGUUAUUCUCCAAAAAGGCAUGGUGCGGCUUGUUUAGUCGCGCCAGCUUCAGCUGCAGCGCGAUAUUCUGCUGGGUCAGCUUGGUCACGACCGCGGCGAGGUUCGAUCGCGGCGCGACUGACGGUUUCAUGUCUUUUCG